CUCAACGUCUCCCUCUGCAUUGUUCUUGUCAUUUUCGCUGUGACAUCAAGUAUAAACAAUCCAUUAACGCUCGCCAUCAUGGCAGUCGAGUGUUACAUCGCUGUAUGCUUCCCCCUCAGACAUGUGCAGAUUUGCACGGUCAAGAAAACCUACGCUGCCAUUGGUGCCAUUUGGAUGUUGAGUUCCUUCUACAUCCUAUCAGAUUUGUUUGUGACCUUGGCUAUAGAACCUUUGGAGUUUUUUCACUCCAAAGUUUUCUGCCUCACACCAAUGGUUUUCAGACAUCCUUCUCGGGAGGAAAAGAGAUAUAUAUUUAACAUUGUGUUAAUGGUCCUGGUCUGGUUCAUUCUGUUAUACACCUACUUCAUGAUCAUCAGCGCCGCCAAGGCGGCCUCCGCCGAUGCUAAAAAGGCCAGGAACACUGUUCUCCU